ACUCUGAUUGGCUGCCGGCAUCGCCUGCUGUUGGGCGGGCCGCGGGUGACCGCGGAGCCGGGCGGCGGCGCGGCCGUGAGCGGAGCGCGCCUGUGCCGCGUUCCCGGCGGAUCCCGGGACGGGCUUGGCGCUUGGGUGGUGGCUGCUGGCCGUCGGCCUGAGGCCCUGACCCUCGGCCUGAGCCCCUGGCAGCCGCUGGCUGCCACCCGAACCCGGCUGGGAGAUGUGCGUGUGUGCGCGCGGCGGUGUCUUCCGCAUCCUCCCUUCGGGUUUGGAAGAUCUGCGCAGUUGUUGGCAUCCCUGACUCCGUGCCUUGUACUGCUGUGUGUCUGUGUGAUUAGGGAUCUUCGCGUUGGAGGGAAGCAAAUGUUUCCCCUGUCCGAUCCCGCGCCCCUGGCCUCGAAGCUGCAGAACACUCUGGUUCGGUACCACAGCAUCGGAGACGGCGAGUGGAGGGUGGCGAAGAAAACCAAAGAUGCAACUGUGUGGCGUAAACCAUCAGAGGAAUUCAGUGGAUACCUGUACAAAGCUCAAGGAGUGGUGGAAGAUGUUACUAACAGAAUAGUGGAUCAUAUUCGCCCUGGACCUUACAGGCUCGACUGGGACAGCCUGAUGACUUCAAUGGACAUCUUAGAAACAUUUGAAGAGAACUGCUGUGUGAUGCGCUAUACAACUGCUGGCCAGUUCUGGAACAUCAUAGCACCAAGGGAGUUUGUUGAUUUCUCUUACACCACAAGCUAUGAAGAUGGGCUUCUAACGUGUGGUGUAAGCCUGGACUAUGGAGAGGUGAGACCAAACUUUGUCCGUGGAUACAAUCACCCUUGCGGUUGGUUCUGCGUCCCUCUCAAGGACUCUCCUGGCCACAGUCUUCUGACAGGCUACAUCCAGACUGAACUGCGAGGGAUGCUACCGCAGUCUGCAGUAGACACUGCCAUGUCUAGUACCCUGGCCAAUUUCUACUCUGACCUCAAAAAGGCACUCAAAACAUAGACAAACAGUGACUUAAAAGCCAGUGCAUUCUUUGCAAUCAGAUUAUAUUGUUUAGCUUAGUAUAGGUUACCUACAAAAUUGAGGUAACGCUUCCUGAAUGAUACCCGAACCUUUGUGUUGAGAAUCCAAACAACUUUAGCAAGUGCUUUUUGGUAUGAUAAUUGGCAUGCAUUCCCAGUGCACAGUUUGAAAUGCUUAUUGCUUCUCAGCACUCUGCAGCUUUGUAAGGAAUAGCUUGAAUCUCUAAACCCCAAAUUUCCUCAGUUGAAAGCACAAGAUGUGUGUGUGGCUUAAAAAAUGCAGCUCAGCUCUCUCCAGCAGUUUUAGGAGCCAGGUGCUCAGGAUUUUGAUGGUGCAGGUUGCUGUACAGGCAGCAUCUCACUGAAGAUGUAAUUUUGUAAUAUGUAUAUUUAUAUUUACUUAAUUUAUUUUUAUGUAUGUUCAGCUGCAUCUGUAAUUUGUUUUUAAAAUUUGCUUUGAUUUAUGAGAUGGAUAUUAUAUGGCUCAGUUGUUAAAUGAUACUAUUCAUAAGAAAGCUAUUUGUAGUUGAGAGCAAAAAUAAGUGUUCAUUAUUGGCAUUUCUUUAAUGUUGUACCUUAUUUACUGCUGUAUAUAACAGUCUCAGUGCAUAAAGAAAUGCCCUUACAGCUGAUCCAAAGGUCAUUUAGGUCAUCAGGCAUCUUUCCAUAGGUUUUUUUGGUGUCUAAAUAGGAAACUUCCAGUGGAUCUUGAGGGAUACCCUGUACUUCUAAGGAGUUUUUAACUUAAAUUUGCAUGUAAUAGCGCGUGGAAGGAUUUCAUUUGGCUGGGUUUUUGGUAGGUUUUCUUUCUGUGUAUGUUUCUUUAACUGCAAACCCUAGAAUUACAAAAGCUACAGAAAGAGCCACUCAGUUGCUUCGGUGUUGCUGUAGCCACAACAGGACAGACUUGCCAGUGUUACAGUGCUGUGGAGUGUUCUGUGGUACUGCCCCUAGAUUGAUCUUUGCAGUAAAUUAACAUCUUAAAACAUGACCAAAUGAAGGCCAGAGUUCAAGCUGCAGAAUUGCUCAGAUCUGCCAAAGGAUACAGGGUCUUUUUUUAAGAUGCAAGUUUCGAGGAUAUUCAGCAAUCUAGUGAUUCUGACAGAUACAUAACAGGGGCAUUUAAAAAAUAACUGUCUCCCUGCUAGGAACAUGAAUUCUCUUUAAAAUCUGAUGUUAAGCCUUUAAUGUUGGUAUGUGUCAUUGGCUUAGGUGACAUAGCAGUUAUUCCCAUGGUUUGCCAGUGUUCAGAGUGGCAAAUUUUACUGUGUAGGAGUUAGGGAAGGUAUCUUGGAUCCCUGAUACCAUGGAGCCAAUUGUAUAGCUACAAUCCAGGGACAGGUAGUGGAGUCUCAGAAAAACAAAAAUUCAGAUGAAAGUCCCUUGCAAUAUUGGCUUUUUUGACACUGGCCACCGUAGCUGAACUCUGAAUAGUGAGGACUUUCCUUCCUUACUGCUCAAUCAAAGAGGUAGCAAAAACAUAAUACUAAAUAGAGUGGGGGCUUUUUCAACCUUUAUUCAUGUUGUAAGAUAUUUAGUACUGUUUUAAACUGUUAAAAACAGUGUAUCAAACAGCCUUUGGUGUCUUCAUGGGCAGAAAAUGUUAAUUGCUUGUUAGUUUUUGUGUAUUCUGCAUUUCUCUUUAAAACCCUCUGUUAGUCUUCCCAAUUUUUUUACAUUCUGUGUGUCUGCAAAGUACUGCAAGCUCACGAGGUGAUCAUCUACCACCAAGGACACCAAGGAAUUGAUGCCAGAAUCCUGUUGCAUUCUCCUUCUCCUGAGUUAGUGGACAAUCUAGGCGGAGCCAAGAGGGUUAAAACAGGAAAGCAGUGGCAAGGACACAAAGUGCAGGAACCCAUGUUCUGCUUAUGCAGAAGAAGUGGGAGACAAAGUAAAUACUUAGUAUAGAUUUCUGUCACUUAGGAAUAUAGUUACCCAGACUAAUGAACAAGUUGCCCAGGAAUAGCAGAGAUCUGGUUUUGCUAGACAAAUAGCAUGUAUAUAGACACAUCAAAAUUAUUUUUAUAUGGCUAAUAUAUUUUUAAAAAUACUUACAUUUUUAGAGGUUUGAGCAAUGUGACGCUUUACUCUUUGGCACUUAAACUAGGUGCUUUGUGUGUGGGAAAGGUGACUGAAGAUAAGACAGUUUUCAUGUUUGGGUUCUGUUCUUCAUCUAAAACCUCCAGCAUUAAACACUGCCUGUAGAUGUACAGAAGAUGCAGAGAUGGGGUUAAGCUCAGUUUAGAAGUAGUCAAAGUACCACAGCUGGCUGGGAGGUGGACCAAUACUUCAGAGAGAUACUCUGUGCACAGGCCCUGACCUCAAAUAUGAAGAAUUUAUAAAUGUGAAACAUGAUGAGCUUAUAAAACGCAUAGCAUAUAAUUCCUCCAGUAAUCAUAAGUAACCAGAACAGUUUUGAUGGUGUGACCUGGUGGUUCAACCUAGGGGGCUCACUGCUAUAGAAAUAGCCCUAAUUCUAGUGAAACCAGUCAACUUGUGCCUGUGUAUGGAAAGUCAGAGUCUGUUUUAACAGUGGGUUUAACUUACUGUGUUCAGCAUUUAAGUGAUUGUAUUUGUAUUUUGAGUGCAACUGCAGAAUAAAUUAAAAUAAUGGAUUCCAACA